AUGGAUGCCACAAUUACGCCUCCCAAAGACGACCCCUGGGGCGUCGUCAACAUGAUCGGCCAGUCGGCUCCCGUUGACUGUUCCAAGCCCUACGACACUUCCACUCUCGCCGGCAAGACCAUCCUCAUCACCGGCGGCGCAUCGGGUUUCGGCGCCGCCUUUGCCCGUCACUGGGCUCGCUACGGCGCCCACCUUAUCAUCGGCGACGUCAACGACCAAGCCGGGGAGGCCCUCAUCGCAGAACUGCGCUCUUCAUCAUCAACGGGGUCAACCCCUAACCAGGUCUUCGUCUACCAGCACUGUGACGUGACCUCCUGGACAGACCAGCUCGCCCUGUUCAAAACUGCCAUCUCAGCCUCCCCAACCCGGUCCCUCCAAGCCGUCGUAGCCGGGGCCGGUAUCGUCGAGAACAGUACCGGUCCCGCCGGAUCCGUCUUUGAUGAACCACGGGACUUUGACGCCGCCGACCCGGCCCAACCCCCACCUCCACCUCCCCUCCGUGUCCUCGCCGUCAAUUUAACCGGCGUGAUGUACACCACCCACCUCGCAUUGCACUACCUGUCCCGCAAGUCUACGCCCUCCUCCUCCUCUUCUCAGUCCCAAAAAGACCACGACCGCCACAUCCUCCUCAUCUCCUCCAUCGCCGGCCUCAGCCCGCUACCCGGCCAGACGGAAUACACGACCUCCAAGCACGCCGUGAUGGGUCUCUUUCGCUCCAUACGCGGGACCGCCUGGUCCCGCAACGGGGUGCGUGUCAACGCUUUGACCCCCUAUUUCGUCGAGACCCCGAUCAUCCCAGCGGCUGGCAAGUUGUUGUUGGCCGGGGCGGCCAAGGCGGACUUGGAGGAUGUGGUGGAUGCUGCGACGCGGUUGAUGGCCGAUGAGGGGGUUAAGGGCAGGGCGUUGUGUAUUGGGCCGAAGAUGGGGGUUGUGGAUGAGGGGGUGGAGGGGGAGGCGGGUCAGGGUCAUACGGGGAAGGAAUGGGGAUGGGGAGGGCCUGGCGUGAGGGUUGUUGAGGGAACCGGGGUGGAGGGUGAGAGGAAGCAAGCGGUGUGGGAGGUGUAUGGGCAUGAUUAUGAGCGGGUGGAGUCGUGGGUGUGGAGGUUUUUGGCUAUUGUGAAUGUGAUGAGGGAGGUUAAUGGUUGGACGGGGUUUGUGAAGGAUAUGCUGGGGAUAUGUUUUGGUCGGAGGGGGUAG